GGUGGUGGUGGUGGUGGUGGCGAGUGCUUGUGAGUGCUUCGUGCGACGAAAGUGGACCGCGGCCGAAUUCGCGAGCGCACACAACACACCGACUCAGUGCGUUCCUGCUCGCGCGGACGACACGCUGUGCGUGUGCCGAGUGCGUGUACAGUAAUUUUCAUUUUAAAGUCGCAUCGGAUCGCCGGGACUCGAUUUCUCCCGGGGAAACUCUCGCCCGUCGUCGGACCCCGGAACCGGUGCGAUCCCGCGAGCUGUCACACGUCAUAUAGAAGAGGAAGACGAUGCUCCACGCCAUUCUCGUUUUCCCUGGCGAACCAAGUAAGCCGGAUUAGAGGAAAUAGAGAAAUAUAGGAAGAGAGAGAGAGAGAGAAAGGAAGAGAAGAGAGAAGAGGAGAGAGAACACGAAUCGAUAGCGCACAAUUUCGGUGCUAUCGGGUCAGCUGGUAGUGUUUCCAUCUCUGGUGUCAUCGAGCUGCAUAUUCUCUCUUCCUGUUUUCCUUCACAAAAAAAAAAUCACCGGAAUAUUAAAGGAGGUGGUACAGUGCUGAGAGAAGCCACCCCUUCUUCGCGAUGAGAGACACCGGCAACCAGGCCAAGUACGAACAGCUCUUGGACGACGCCGGUCUCGAGAUCCGCAACGACAAGGAGCGCAAUGACGAGAAUGCAACACUAGACGAGAGUAAGGAACAAGAUUCUGAAAUGUGGUUGACAACUGCUGAAUCAGCUAGUCUUGGAGCUGAAGAAGUAGCAGCUAGAUUACAUGUCGACGUGCGAACUGGACUAAGAUGGCAGGAAGCUGACCAUAGAAGGCAGCUAACUGGUUUUAAUGAAUUCACUGUAAAGGAAGAAGAUCCACCAUGGAAGAAAUAUAUCGAACAGUUCAAGAAUCCAUUGAUUCUUCUCCUACUUGCCUCUGCAUUCGUCAGCAUAUGCAUGAAACAGUUUGACGAUGCUGUCAGUAUUACAGUGGCUAUCAUAAUAGUGGUGACAGUUGCAUUUGUACAAGAAUACCGAUCGGAGAAAUCUUUAGAAGAAUUGAAUAAAUUGGUACCGCCGAUAUGUCAUUGCUUGAGAGAAGGCCAUGUAGAAACAUUUCUCGCACGUAAUUUAGUUCCUGGUGAUAUAGUGUAUUUAAAUAUUGGAGACAGAGUACCUGCCGAUAUCAGAAUAUUCGAAGCUAUAGAUCUGGCGAUUGAUGAGAGUAGCUUUACUGGGGAAACGGAGCCAGCGCAAAAGUCGACAGCUCCCUUGCUUAAGACUAACGGGUUGACGUCGAAGAGAAAUAUCGCUUUCAUGGGCACUUUAGUGCGCUGUGGGAAUGGGAAGGGAAUUGUAGUGAAUACGGGAGAAAAAAGUGAAUUUGGGGAGGUUUUCUCGAUGAUGCAGGCAGAGGAGGCACCAAAAACUCCACUACAGCGAAGCAUGGACAUUUUAGGUACUCAGCUAUCCUUCUAUUCGUUCUGCAUUAUCGGUAUCAUCAUGCUGCUAGGCUGGAUCCAAGGUAAGGCUAUCCUUGAGAUGUUUACCAUUGGUGUAAGCUUGGCAGUAGCAGCUAUACCAGAAGGCUUGCCUAUCGUCGUGACUGUGACUCUGGCAUUGGGAGUGAUGAGAAUGGUCAAGAGAAAAGCCAUUGUAAAGAAGUUACCAACUGUUGAGACUCUCGGCUGUGUAAAUGUGAUAUGUUCCGAUAAAACCGGCACAAUCACGAAGAACGAGAUGACCGUGACGAUUCUUGUAACAUCAGAAGGCUACAUCGCGGAUGUUACUGGCGCGGGAUACAACGGCGUGGGAGAAGUACGCAUACGGAAGUGCGAUAAUCCGGAUCUCGCACAUGCUGCUAUCAGUAAUAUGCUAGAAGUAGGUUGUGUGUGCAAUAACGCUAUCAUACAAAACGAUACUUUGUUGGGACAACCAACGGAAGGCGCGUUGAUAGUAGUGGCAAUGAAAUUCGGAAUGUAUGGUAUUGCUGAUAGAUAUUUACGAUUGCAAGAAUAUCCAUUUUCUUCCGAGCAAAAGAUGAUGGCUGUGAAAUGUACACCGAAAUUUGGCGAGAAUAAACAAGAAAUAUAUUUCGUGAAAGGUGCUUUGGAAAAAAUCUUACCGCAGUGUACAAAAUAUUACGAAAAUGGUCAGGUAUACCCUCUUAGUCAGAAGAAAGAUCAAGAAUUCUUGACAGAAGCAUAUGAUAUUGGUCAACAAGGCUUGAGAGUUAUUGGUCUGGCACGUGGCUCCUCAUUACAAGAUCUUAUUUACAUCGGUCUUGUUGGCAUUUGUGAUCCACCGAGACCAUAUGUACGUGAAUCUAUCAGCAUUUUGAUAAACAGCGGCGUUAAAGUAAAAAUGGUGACCGGUGAUGCUAAGGAAACUGCAGCUGCGAUAGCUAGUAUGAUCGGAUUGGAUACGCUUCACAAUCGACUAUUAUCGGGAGACGAAAUUGAUAUGAUGUCCGAACAUCAAUUGGAACAGUGUAUCAAUAACGUUAGUGUAUUUUAUCGCGUAACACCGAAGCAUAAACUGUGUAUCGUAAAAGCUUUACAGAGGAAUGGUAACAUAGUCGGCAUGACCGGUGAUGGUGUAAACGAUGGAGUCGCUUUGAAAAAGGCUGAUAUAGGUAUCGCUAUGGGUAAAAACGGCACUGAUGUGUGCAAAGAAGCGGCUGAUAUGAUUCUGGUCGACGACGAUUUUGGAACUAUUAUCGCCGCGAUCGAGGAAGGAAAAGGAAUCUUUCACAAUAUUCGCAAUUUCGUAAGAUUCCAGUUGAGUACUAGCAUAGCUGCGCUUUCUUUAAUUGCUCUCGCAACUUUGAUGAGUAUACCGAAUCCUUUAAAUGCUAUGCAAAUACUAUGGAUCAACAUCAUUAUGGAUGGUCCACCUGCUCAAAGCCUUGGGGUAGAGCCGGUUGACAAGGAUGUUUUGAAGCAAAAGCCACGAAAUACAAAGGAGCCAAUGAUCACACGUCAUCUCAUAAUCAAUGUUUUGUUGUCUGCUAGCAUCAUUAUUCUUGGUACUUUAUGGGUGUACAACAGAGAGAUGGUUAAUGGAAAUACUGCGAGAGAUACUACCAUGACAUUCACUUGCUUUGUAUUCUUCGACAUGUUCAAUGCACUUAGCUGUAGGUCACAGACAAAAUCCAUAUUCACGAUCGGUCUAUGGAGUAAUAAAAUGUUCUUGGUGGCUGUAACGCUCUCUGUCAUCGGACAAAUGCUCGUUAUCUACUUCCCUCCGUUACAAAGAAUAUUUCAGACUGAGGCUCUUACGGCGAAAGGUAUACUUUGUAUACUAACGAUUAAAGAUAAUCAAUAUAUGUCUCUUGUCUAACGUGUUUGUUUUUCAGAUCUUCUAUUUCUGGCGGCGUUGACAUCGAGCGUCUUCGUCAUCAGCGAGAUAAAGAAAUUCAUCGAGAGGCAACUGCAGAGACGUCGCGCCAAUGGCCAGUAUUACAAUAAGUUCGAAAUGGACUUUGUAUGACAGUUACAGUCUGCCGGCGAGAGCAAGGCGGACAAAGAUCAUAAUGAAUAAGCGCAUCAAUUAUCGUUCGACAUCAAUAUGCAGUCGGUCGCGUUCGUUUACAAUUGACACAUUACGUCUCGCUAACUCACAUCUACUCGACUGUGCUUGCACAUUCGUAACUUCGUCACGUGUGCACCUAUACAAAAUAGAAGAAUAAUGAUAUUCUCUCGGUGACAAUUUUAAUGUAUCGAUUGCGCAGUGUGACUGCAGUUUUUUUACUAUUUACAAAUUGUCGAUUCUAUUUUUCCCAGCACGUUGUGCACGUAGAAAAGAAGAAAGAAAGAAACAUUUCAGUAACAAUGUAGUAGGUUACAUAGAUUAUAGUUAUUAGAUUAUAUUUCAUUAUCCCUACUAUGAGGUUAUAAAUCACCGUUUCAUAGUUGGUAGCGACGCUACUGCACAUUCCACGCACGUUUGACAGAUCAAUAACUUUUAAUGAUAUAUUCUAUCUGUAAUAUAGUCUUAGAGACUGCAGUCCAAAGCAAUGUUUGCACUGAAUCAUCGUACGUAAUCAUUCUAUCUUACACCUUUUUCUAAAUAUCGUAACAGUUUUUAAGCCCCACUCGGGAAAAAAGAUAUCGAUUUCAUUCGAUUCAUCAUUCACUGUCAAUCGAUUCACGCUAGAGAAGAAGCGAAUCAUGCAGCAUUUUACCGAGUAAGAACAAGCCAGAUAAACAUACUGUAAUUAAAACCAGUCAUACAAAUCGAUUGCAUUUAAGAAUACAGUUGUAAUCAGCGAAAAUAAAUGCUCUUACAAUGUUCCU